AUGCUGCCUUUUCGGACGUCACUUCGAGGGCCUGCCACGCAGCCAACUGAUGCGAAUUAUAAGGAUAUCGUGGAAGAAGCAUUGGAUCUUUUUAGAGGGAAUGUCUUCUUUGCAAACUUUGAAGUGAAAGGUCCAGCGGAUCGCUUGUUGGUAGUUCUUAUCCUAUACAUUAGCCGUUGCCUCAAAGACAUAGAAAAGUGCAGUUCAGCUGCUGAGGCCAAUCGAGUGUUGUACGUGACCAAUGCGAAAAAGAUGAUAACGCCGGGUUCUCCUGGAUACUCAUUGAAUCGGAUCUUAUUUGCCCCAAAAAAUGACCAAGAAAAGCAAAUGUAUCAUGACUAUAUGGAUCAGAUCCGCGUAGAGUUGUCUCGCCGAUUAGUGGAUCGAGUGUUUAAGGAUGGUGAGUGGAGUAAGAAGUGGUGGAUGACGUUUUUGAAGCGCGAUUUUAUGAACUUGGAAAUCUCUCUGCUUUGUAUUGUUUGUUGUAUCGAAAUGAAUUGUGGGAAGAUGAGAAAUGUACUGUGUGUGUGUGUGUGUAAAUAUCUGAGAUAUGGUAGUAGAUGGGUAUUUAUAUUAAUGUGCAUUAUUCUUUCGUUUGCGGAAAUAAGACAAGAACUCAUUGGUGUUUUAUUCUAG